AUGACAGGGCGCCUCCCGCACGGCGCCACGCUUCAGCCAGUCAAUUCCACCAUCAGCCAGUUGCAGGCCAGGAAGCAGCUCAGGCGCACCAGGCUAGACGCCCGGAGCCGGUUGUAUCACCAUCGAAACGACUACUGUCUCACUGGUGGCGACAAGAAGGACGCGCUCGCCAAGCUGAACACCAUCAAGGAGUUCUAUGGCAAGCUGCGGCCUGGCCCGGGUGGUGGUGAGGUGCCGGCGAUGCUAGACGCCCGAAAGCUUAGCGAGCAGGCCACAGCCUUCAUCACCGCCAUCAAGACAACCAGCGGUGGAGAAGUGGCUGCAGAGGGCUGAGAAGCGUGGCCGUUACAUGCACAAUUGACGAGUUUGCUAUGCCCUGGGGCAUUGUACUGGCUGUGGUGUCGUGGUGAAAACGAAUGACAUAAUCCUGAACGCAUGUGGCAACGGACGGAAACAGCUGAGACUUUAAUGAAAUAUUUAUU